AUGGGCAACAAAAUUCAAAAUCCCCCUGAUCGAAGCAAAAAUACAAAAGUGGAAGAAACUAAACAUUUUAUAUAUGCGUCUUCAGAAAUGAAAGGUUGGUGGGAAGACAUGGAAGACGCUCAUAUUAAUGUAUGUGACAUUGUACCUGAUGUCUCUAUCUUUGGUGUAUUCGAUGGACAUGGAAGCAAGGAUAUUGCACACUUCGUUGAGGAACACUUUAUUGAAGAAAUUUAAAAGAAUAAAAACUUUAAAGAUCAAAAGUUUGAAGAAGCUUUGACAGAAACAUUCUUAAAAAUGGAUGAGCUCUUGCGUAAUUAAGAAACUUAAAUGUACAAAAAUUAAAUAAUAGAUGAAAAACCAAAUCUCAUUUGCACAGGAUGUACUGCAAAUGUUGCUCUGUUCCAUAAGAAUGUGUUGUAUGUUGCUAAUGCAGGUGAUUCUCGAUCUGUAUUAUGCAGAAAUAACACAAAUUACGAUAUGAGUGUUGAUCACAAACCAGACAACUAUGAAGAGAAAUCAAGAAUUGAAAGAGCCGGUGGAUUUGUUUCUGAUGGAAGAGUCAAUGGUAACUUAAAUCUAUCCCGUGCCUUAGGAGAUUUAGAGUAUAAGGACAAUACCGCCUUAGGAUUAAAUGAAUAAUUGAUCAUUGCUCUACCUGAUAUAAAAAAGGAGGUUUUAACUCAAAAUGAUAAAUUCCUUUUAAUGGGAUGUGAUGGUAUCUUUGAGACACUUAUUCAUUAAGAUUUACUCAAUUUUAUUAAUUCAAGGCUUGGUAAUCAAGCAGUUACUCCAUAAUUUUUAGGAAGAGUAGCUGAAGAUUUGUUAGAUAACUUGAUUGCUUCAGAUCUCAUAGGUAACGGAACUGGAUGUGACAAUAUGACAAUUAUAAUAAUUUAUUUUAAAUGA